AUGAAUGAGAAAUCAGUGCACAUAAACAAAAAGUAUUGGUCCUUCAUUGUCCAAGCUCUUAGUAAAGGAGGUUAUCUCAAGGAGGUAUAUCAAGAGGUCUUUUUUGUCAUAUAGUUUCUUAAUUUUAUUUUAUUGCAGACUAGUGAAAAACGAAAGCAGUGUUUGCUUGUUUGUUCUUUUAUCUUGAAUUUACUACUAAGAAAGGUUGUAUCUUGAAAAUAAAAAUAUUUCUAACUAGCCAAUUAAACUUUCUGGCUUGGAAAUUAGAUGGGUAUGCUGGCUUCUCUUAGUUCCUAAUUAAAUGAUAAGAGUAGGGCUGGAUUUUAAUAGGAUAGAAUUGGGAAAGGUGGAACCAGCUUUGUUCUGAACUAGAUUCUGUAGCGUUACAUUUCAACUAUGGUACGUCUGAAAAAAGUUCCACCUAGUUAAGAAUUCAACUAUGGUAAGUAUGUUCUAUCUUCGGUUUUUUGUUACUGUUACUGGAGUACGUCAUCCUUUUUUUUAAUUGAUUUCUAUUCAACCAAUGUUUCUGUGAAUAUUCACAAGAAUAUGAACAUUAGGACUCUGAAAUACAUAUUGAAUUGGUUAUAGUUUGACAGAUGGAUAAACAAAUGUAUUAUUUCGUUUACAUUGUUCGUUGUGUUAUAUAAUAAUAAAAAUAGCGUUGCUGCUUGGUCGAAUCCUUUAUUGAACGGAUAGCUACAGUAUUUUGAUACUGCAAUAUCUGUGACACUCUUUUUCGGGUUUCACGUUUAGAGCAGAAGCUUACAUCACAAUUUAACUCUACAUGUUUCAUUUCUCGUUAUAUUUUUGACUUUUUUUCUUGGAACUCCUCUUCACAUUAACCUGUUUUUUCCGCUGAGUUUUUUUUCCAUAUAAAAUGAGAUUCAGCGCCAUGAUUUGUAAGAUUUAAGUGAUGACGAAAAUAUUCAUUUGACUCAAAUAUUCUUCUUUCUAUGACAAAGGAUUUAUAAACUAAGUUGUAUUUUGGGUUCAAGAGAUGAAGAUCUUGUCCAUUGGCUAUUUAUUGAUCUUAGUUGUACUCGCUUUGAUCUGCACUUUAUUUUGUUUAUUCUCACUAGGUUUGCUAUGAAUUCUUUCUUCAGGCACUCAAACAGCUUACUUUUUUUGGAGAAAAUGAUUUUAUGCAUCCUGAUCUGCCAUUAUACAACAUUUUUCUGAAUGGAUGUAUGAAGUCACAAAACUUGGCCAAUGCUAAUAAUUGCUUGAAGGUGAUGGAUGAACAACUUAUUGGGAAAUCUGAAAUAACAUAUUGGGAGUUGCUUAAGGUACGCAGGACAAAAUCAUUAAAAUUAUGUUUGUUUGCAGAGUUUUUACCGUGAUUCUAGCAUGGUUUGACCUACUGAUCUUGCCUUCUUGGCCUUCUCUCUUUUGAAUGCGGCAGUAACUUCCAUCAAUUAUGGUCAAUAGAUAGUGUGGCCUGAGCUGCCUGUGCCCAUAAAAUGUCUCGAAGCUACCCAUUAAUAGUGGUGGAACUCUGUGCAAAUUUUCCUCCUGUGAUAUGAGUUACGACCCCUUGAUCACUUACAGUACCCCUCCUUUAUGCUCUACGAUAGAAAGAAGUCUGGGAAUGCCUCCAGCAGUCUUGCACCCAAAAUGGACUACUAACCAUUUCAAAAAGGAAAAAAAAGAUUCAAUGACCGUUUAUUCUCUACCGUUAUGUUGCUGCCCUCUAUUUUUUCCUGACUGAUAUGAUUCCUAUUCUUUUACUGCCAAUGGUUGUAAAUAAAGGUUUGUGGUCUGAUAUCCGUCUUUGAAACAUUCUAUGUGAAAAGAUGAUGCAGUUUGCAGGCAAGUGACUUCACACAGGACCUUCUCUACCCUCACCUCCCGUUGUUAUCAGUGAUGAAAAAUUGUAUUUGGCCUCAAUGUUUUGAUUCUUCUUUGAUCUCUUUUAUCAUACAUCAGUUUGUCCUUUUACUCAACUUGCAUCUCCAAUCUCAUUACAUCUUUCAUAAUACUUUUUUUCUCAGCUAAUUGACACAUGAUUUAUGAGCUAUUAAAUGUCGCUCCAUUCGUUUAUUUCCAUCAUUGGUUAUUUAUUUCUGAAUAGCUACCCAAAACUUUCAGGUUGCAGUUUGGCAGGGAAAUCUACCUGUCGUCUAUGAAAUUUGGAGAGAUCUCAGGAAGUACUACAACCCAAGCAUUAUAUCUCUGAGAAAGUUCAUUUGGUCUUUUACAAAGCUUGGCGACUUUCGAGCUGCAUACUCUCUCUUGCAACAUAUGGUAUCCACAGGUGUACAUGGGGGUGAUUGCUUAAAAGUAUCCGGUGAAAAAAAAAUUCGAUCUUCAAGGGUGGAUAUUCCCAUACCCGUAAUCAUUGAUUUCCAUAGUAGUGUAUUAGACAAGAAAAUGAUUGACCUUUCAUCACCAGAGAUUGGCAGACUAGAUGCUAUCAAGGAAGCUUCUGUGUGGAACUCAGAUUUGGAAAACAAAACACCACACACAGUAGAAGAUAAUGCCCAGAUUUCCAAGGCAACAGGCCGUGUCUCCCACGGAAUACCUGGAGACGUAACUUUCGGUGCUUCUGAGAAAGCUUCCUCCCACGUACAUCCUUUUCUUUCCACUUCAUCCUUUGAUGCAGCAGGACAUGGGAACACUGUGAUAAAUAGCCUAUCUGCUUUUGACGAGGAAAUAAUGGUAGAAAAAUGCACGAGGAUUGAUGUGAAGAAAAAUACUUUAUCUACGGAAUUAAGGAAGGUUCUAAGAUGGUCCUUCAAUGAUCUGAUCCAUGCCUGCGCACAAUGUAGAGAAUAUAAUAUGGCCGAGCAGCUAUUCCUUCAGGUAGGAUUAGAAUGCAAGUUUUUUGACCUUUCAUAGUGUAUUGUUUCAUUUACCAUGAUUACAAUAUUGUACCUUCUUCGUGUUUUCAUUUAUAUUUCUCUCAAUUUGUCAGAUUUUCUUUGUUUCAAUAUUCACAUGCUGUUAGUUUCUCAUAUUUUGUUUAACUUGACUGUUAUGUUUGCUAUGAAGAAAGAACUAACUUCUUGAUGGAUAUCCUACGAAAUAGAUGUGCGAAUGGUAAUAAUCAUAAAAAAAGGGCAUUCCGAUUGUAAUUCAUGUAAGGUUUGAAGUUAUUAGUUCAUCUCGAUUCAUUGAAUCAAUUGUAACAGAAGGCAAUAUCAUGAGAUUAAAAUUACCCACCACCACUGGAUGCUUACACUACUAAUAAGAAUAAAAACCUUCUCUAAGAAUGCAUGAAAUCAUCCGUCAACAAGUUGAUUGAUCAUUGUUCAUUUAUUAAUGUCUGAGAAACCCAGAAGGUUAUGAAGAAAUGUUCUUUCUUUGCCAUUUUCUUACUAGAAGGCAUAGAAAGAAGACGUAUAAGAAAAUGAGGUAGUGUUUACUGCCUUUUUUUAUCUGUCUGCUUCUUUUCCAUGCCUUGCGGUGUCAUUUACUUUUUCAUUGUGUUAAUAUCUAUCGUCAUCGUUUUCUUUUUACACUAAUGUUUUACCGUGUUAAUGAUGUGUCUAGAUGCACGACCUUGGACUGGAGCCAUCACCUCACACAUUUGAUGGGUUUGUGAGGGCUGUUAUUUUGGAGAAAGGGGUUGCGUAUGCUAUGCGAGUGGUAUGUCUGCAUGAUUUUUUUGAAUCAUUCUCAUCUAACGAGUAUCCAGUUUAGUUGCUUGUUUCCUCACAGCUGAUCAGUUGCAAGAUUCUUUCUCAAAUAAAGGAAAAUUCUGAAAUAUGUUUUUUUUCCUUUUGAAACGGCUUGGAUUCCAUAUUAUUUGGAGUUUUCAAUUUUCGCAUUGCCCUUACAUUUCCAAGAAAAGGAAGAAAAUGCCUUAGGAAGAAAAAGCUAGCUUAGAACUUUCAUGUCUAUCAACAGAAUGCUUCAUUUUUUCUUUUCUUUUCAUCUCUAGCGGUACCUAUGUGACCUUAUAAACUCUGCAUAUUUAAGUAAAUGUUUAUAUUCUUGGUGCACAACUUUAUAGAGACAAUCUUUCUCUUAUGUUUUCAUACUUUUUCCAGGUCAAUGAAAUGGAGAAAAGGAACCUGAAGCCAAAUUAUACUACAAUAUCCACCCUCUCAAUAGCUUACAGCGAAAUUUUGGAAUUGGAUAGAGCAGAGUCCCUUUUGGGACAAAUUCUUGAUAGCUCGCCGAAGUAUAUCCAUCCAUUCAAUGCCUUUCUUUCAGCUUGCAAUGUCAUGGUCAGUUACGUUGAAUUAAUAUCCAUUUUUCAAUAACUCUUUCUAUUAUUUUGUUCCGUCACCUUGUGACCUACAAUACGGUUGGAAGCAGCAUACCUGAGUAGAGAUUUUUUUUCUCCUAUGUGGCCAUGAGGUUAUAACAGUGAAAGUAGGCCAAUAAUUAUUGAGAGUUUCAAAUAACAUCGUCGAAAUUAUAAUUAUAGUACCAUGCUGAACGAAUAAAUUACUACUGAUUUACUGCUUUCAGUGUUCUUCACAUUCCAUUUAUAUUUUCUGAGUUUAUUAGGUUAGAUAGUCUGCACCUUAGUAUAGCAGACUAAACCGGUCUCUAUACCCAGAAAAUUUUGUUGAUCAUCAAUCCCAAGUUGAAUUGUGACGCCAAUCAUAGAUGUGGGUGUUAAUGGUGAUGAACUUCAGCAAUAUUUCUGAUGCUCCAGAAAGCAAUUUAAAUACCAUUGACAUCCUAGAACUUGUCAAAGAUAGUAUGGAUGGUUGAUGGAGAUUCCCUGAGCGUGGUUAUAUUUUAGGUCAGGGUAAGGAGUUGUUCUCUUGGCAGCUCUGACAUAUUAAUGUGUUGAAAAUUUUAUUGAAUUUGUUGCCUUGCAUUUCAGCCAUUUGAGUUUAGUAGUGGGGAGACGCUUUCAUCCUUAUUUUUAGUACUCUGGUGUUGUCAAUGAACCUUUUGUCUUUGGAAUCUUAAAUUUAAUGAUAAUAUUAUGCCUACUUUGGUUGAUGUAUGAUGCAGGACCAACCUGAACGUGCAAUUGGCAUAUUGGCUAAAAUGAAGCAACUAAAUAUGAGACCAAACAUCAGGACAUUUGAGCUGUUGUUUCAGUUGUUUGGAAAUGUCAAUGCUCCCUACGAGGAGGGGAACAUUUUUUCCCGUGCGGAAGUCAAAAAAAGAAUAGAGAUCUUAGAGGCUGAUAUGAUUAGAAAUGGCGUUCAGCACAGCUUUGUAUCUUUAGAAAUUUUGGUAUGUUCUUCAUUUAGAUCAUUCUUUAUAAAUAAAAAGUUUUUACUUGGAAGUAUUCUGUGGUGGACUCAAGGAUGUAAUAAUUCAUGUGUGAUUAUCAAGUUUUGAUAUUGAUUCGUGUUUUUUUCUCUUUUGUCUCAUCUAGAAAAUACUUUGCCUGAAAAUGUCACGAAAUUAUGUGUGAGAUGAAAUUUUCCUUUUCUGAGUUCCCAGUGCACUUGACGGGCAAUGAUAAACAGCAGUAACUUUCUCUAUUUAAUGCCAUUCCCAGUAGUCACUAAGACUCGUCAUGUCAAGAACUCAGCUCUUAGUUUUUGUAAGGUAUUUUGCAAACUGCCCUCGACGUCAUCAGAGAGAAAUCUGUAAAUUUUCCCUCUGAUUGCAUAUUUGUAGAUUCAACUCUCUUUAUUCGUGGUUCAACGUAUCAACGAGAGUGAAUCAAUGGGGAAAGAGAAGAUUGCAGAAAAACCCCGUUGCCAAGGAAUGAUUGUGGUGAUGAUGGAGGAUCAAUUUAGUAGUGUCCAAUCCUGGUGUCAACACGAUAGAAAUAGAAAAAUCCCCAUAGAAUUCAAGAGUAAAUCCUAUUUUGGCAGAUUUUUUUUUUUUCAAAGAAAUCAUCACAAAAACCUGAUCUUAGAUGAUCCUCCUCAUUUUUUAAUUUGAAUCAAUCAAUCGAAAGAGGAAUCAGCUGAUUCUGCAAAGCAGGGCAGUUUUUACAGUAAAGGGAGACAGAAAAUCUCAGCUCCAUUGAUAUCUUUGAUGCUUCGAAUGUAUGGAAUGAGUCCUGUACAGUAAAGCGACACCCAUAAAGACCGAAAUAAUAAUAAUACAAAAAAUAACGUGAUAAAGCAACAAUUUAUCCAGGAAGAGCAUGAUAUAAGUUCUUGUCCAUCUAAACCAACUCCGUUCUUGUCCAACUUGUUUUUAGUCUGUGUUCCCUUCCUUCAAAGAAAUGGUAUGUUUCACGAAUUUAUCUCUCUCUAUUAUCAAUAUGCUCCACAGAUUGCAGAAGCACGGUCUGUAUUUCUCAAAGAAAGGGCACAUUUUUUUUAUUGAUGUGGUUUCAGAUAAGGGCACUUGGAAACGAAGGCAUGAUAACGGAGAUGCUCCAGUAUUUUCAUCUGGCGGAGACCCUGUUCCUACACCCAAAAUCAUACUCGCGGACGGUCAUGUACAAUAAUGUCUUGCAUUCCCUGGUAGACGCUAGGGAGGUGAGCUGCAGCAUUUUAGAAUAGUCCCAUAUUUUCUAUGAUGGAAAUAAGUAUCUGACUAAUUAUUUUAUUUUAUUUUUGGCAUAUUUUUCCAAAUUCAGGGUCGCAUGGCUGUUGAGGUUUUUCGGGAAAUGAAAGAUGGUGAUUUUCCUCCUGAUUCCACCACCUACAACAUUAUGGUCAACUGCUGCAGCAUACUGGGCUCUUUCAAGUCUGCCUGCGCUCUGGUGUCUAUGAUGCUGCGUAGUGGCUACUUUCCACAGGCCGUCACUUACACUGCGCUUAUAAAGGUAGAGCUUUGGAACUCACCAAUGGCCCCUUGUCAUCUCGUCCACUAGCCCUUUCUGCCGUCACCACAAGAGCAUAUUGCUCAGAAAAAAAGGGAGCUUUACCCGCAUAAAUCUUAUAUACAGAUUGAAAAUAAUUGAAUGUAAUCUACGGUGACCUCUUUUCUCCCUUUUUCUGGUCUUGUCCCCUUCGCUGAUCAUCCAUCUUUCACCUGCUGGAUUUCGUGCCCAGAACCCUUUUGCUACUGAUGAGGGCAUGCCCUGUGAAUAUUGUAAUCACAUCUUUGAUCAGUAUGACUCGGAUUAGUUGUUCAAAUAUUUGUUUGAUUUAGAGAAUUUAAAUCUCCUUUUUUUUCUUUCUUAGAUUCUGUUGUCAGAUGAAGACUUCGAUGGAGCAUUAGAUCUCCUUGAGCAAUCAACUUCUGAAGGGAUUGAGCUGGAUGUUCUUUUAUAUAACACGGUCCUCUUGGAAGCAGAUAGGAAGGUAUUAUCCCCUAAAUAUGCGCCGAGCUGAUUGGCAUUUUAUGAUGCUGAAAGCCAUCUGGGCUUGACCAUGAUGUUGGGAAAAUAAUUUCAGGGCCGUAUCGACAUAAUCGAGAUGAUCAUUGAGAGGAUGCAUCGACAGAAGAUCCAGCCUGACCCAGCAACCUGCAACUAUGUCUUCUCCGCAUAUAUAAGGCACGAUUUCCACAACUCUGCGAUGGAAGCAUUGCAGGUGUUGAGUCUGCGUAUGAUCUCACAAGAUGAAGCCGUCCUCCGUGAGAGGCGGGCCUCCUUUGAGGACCUCGUUCACAGCGAGGACCCAGACGUCGAGUCAUGGAUGAUCAACAUCUUUGAGGAAGUCAACGAGCACCUUGCUGUCGCCCUACUGAACCUCAGGUGGUGUGCCAUGUCCGGGCACUCCAUCUCUUGGCAACCCGAGGAGAAUCUGUGGGCCAGAAGACUUGCUUCUCUCUAUGGCUCUGGUUAA